UAUUUCAAUGUUAAUUUAUUGUCUUGGAUUUAUUUAAACAAUUUUGUUUGUUUUGUUUGUUAAACCAAAACCAACCAAAAUGGCUAAGAUCCACUUUCUGAUUGUGGUCUUGAUAAUUGCGUCAAUGUGGCACCUUCAUCAAGUCGAAUCGAUUCAAUUCUGUGAGGAAGGUGAAUUUGAGUGCAAGGACGGAUCAUGUAUUGCAUCGGAUAAAGUUUGUGACUCCCACAGAGAUUGCACAGAUAACUCCGAUGAGAAAGAUUGUGUUAUUAGUUGCAAAUUAGAGCAGAAUCUAUUUCUCUGUCAUGACAAUGGUACCUGCAUUGAUUUGGAUAAGGUUUGCGAUGGAAAAUUAGACUGUCAUGAUCAAAGUGAUGAAAAUGGCAAAUGUAAAGAUGUCACUUCGAAUUGCGAAUCCAAACGGUGUCCUCAGGAAAGUACAUGCCAUUUGCUUCCAACUGGGCCAGAAUGCGUUUGUCCAAUGGGCUAUCAAUUUAACAGUGUCAGGAAUGUGUGUGAAGAUAUAAACGAAUGUGAAACAUAUGGAAUUUGUAGUCAAGGUUGCAUUAACAAGGAAGGUUCUUACAUGUGUUAUUGUGAAGACAAGUACAAGCUCAAGUCAGAUAAUAAGACCUGCGUGGUAAAGAGCGGUGAGCCCUUGCUUUUGUAUACAACGCAGAAAACCGUUGUAGGGAUGUAUUUGAGAACUCGUCAUCUCUAUACGGUGGCUAGUAACCUGAGUUUGGUAGUCGGAGUGGCGUACGAUGGACAAAAUGUCUACUGGACGAAUAUUCACCAUGAGUCCGAAAGCAUAGUUAAGGCCCGUGAAGAUGGUUCAAAGCAGGAAACUCUACUCACUUCGGGAUUGGACGCCCCUGAGGAUUUGGCUGUUGAUUGGUUAACUGGAAAUAUCUAUUUCUCUGACAAUGUACUGCGGCACAUAGCUGUGUGCUCUAAUAAUGGCCACUAUUGUAUGCCGUUGGUUGUGAUUGAUGUGCAUCAGCCACGUGGAAUCGCAUUGUGGCCCCAAAAAGGCCUCAUGUAUUGGACCGAUUGGGGAAUAAGACCAAUGAUUGCUAGGGCUUCUAUGGAUGGUUCAGAUCCUGUGGCUCUUGUCAAAUCGGACAUUCACUGGCCUAAUGGAGUCACUCUAGACAUCCCGAACGAACGGUUCUACUGGGUCGAUGCUAAGUUGAUGACCAUCGAGAGUGCUAAGAUGGACGGAUCAGACCGAAGAUUGGUGCUGUCGGAUAUUCUCAAACAUCCAUACGGUAUUGCUGUGUUUGAAGACAAUUUGUAUUGGUCUGAUUGGGACACAAGGAGCGUUCACACCUGUCACAAGUUCACUGGCAAGGGCCAUGAAGUCUUAGCCAAGGAUAGUCGAAUAUAUGCAGUCCAUGUUUAUCAUACUGCCAGCCAGCCGAAAGUUAACCAUCCGUGUAAGGAUAGCCGUUGCUCGCAUUUGUGUCUUUUAGCAUCCAACAACACCGCGACCUGUGGCUGUCCUGAUGGAAUGUCUCUGGCAAUAGAUCGAACCCGUUGCACCAAAACAAUGAAAAAGCAGAAAUUGUUUGUGGGUAUGAAGAACAUUAUUCUGGAAAUGGAACACACCACCUUUGGCAGGCACAAGAUUAUCGAGGAGUAUACGCUGCCCCUGUUUAUUCAUCAAAUGGCCUACAAUACAGUUAACGGUACUUUGCUCAUUGCCGACACAAUCCAAAAAAUAAUUGCUGAAUACGAUACAGUGUCUAAGGAAUUGAGAACACUAAUUCGUGGAAACAUGGGAAAUAUCACUGGAAUGGCUUUUGAUCAAUUGGCACAAAAUCUGUAUUGGACCGAUUCAGAAAGACACACCGUAGAAACUUAUUCAAUGAGAAUGAGACAGCGGGCAAUUGUCCACUUUUUCUCCGGAGUUGAUGUUCCAAUUGGAAUUGGACUCUUGCCUGAUGAAGGGAAAAUGUUCAUCGCCUUAAAGUCAUCUACAAGCAUCCAUAUUGAUCUAAAAACUCUUGGUGGCCACGGUGAUCACACUCACGUGUUCGAGGAAAUUAUCGGAAUGGGUGCAAUUCAAAUAGUCCCUGACUAUGAAACUCACACUCUCUAUUGGGUCGACACUGAUGGGGGAAAAAUUGAGUUCUCAAUGCUCAAGGAAUUGCACAGUUUUACGUUGCGAACUCGACUCGGUCAACCCAUUUCGAUGGCUCUAGUUGACGAUAACAUCUUUUGGACAACUUUGAGAUCAUCAAACCUCUAUUGGACGCACAAAAGUAACCUGGGAUCAGUGAAGAAAUUCCAGUUGGAGGUUUCGAGUAUGAAAAUGGUUGAUAAGAUUCAACUAGUAUCGAGCCAGCAACAAACGAUCUUUGAUCAUCCCUGCUUACAUCACAAUGGCGGAUGUUCACACGUUUGUGUGUCGGCGGGAAAGAACGCACUGGAAUGCUUGUGCCCCUCGGAAUAUGUGUUCAAGGACUUGUUCAAUCAAACCUGUAUUGAAGCUCUGGACUGUGAGUUCCGUUGCAAGUCGGGCGAGUGUUUGACCAGUUCCAGACGAUGUAAUGGCCACAGAGAUUGCCCCGAUGGCUCAGAUGAGGAAUCGUGCGAUUUAAAGAAGAAAAAGGAGCAUGUUAUCUGCGCAUUCGAUGAAUUCAUGUGUCAUGACUCUCGGCAAUGUGUGCUAAAUGAGGUUCGAUGCAACAAGCACAGGGACUGUAAGGACGGCAGCGACGAAGAGCACUGUGAAGGCUUCGAUGAAGAAAAGAAAUGCCACGCCCAUCAAUUUGGCUGUAAGAACGGUCGCUGUAUUGAUUUGAGUAGCAUUUGCAAUGGCUUCGAUGACUGUGGCGAUAGGUCGGAUGAAACUCAAUGUAAAAAAACAGAUGAUGAAGGAGCUAAACCAGCGUGUGGCAGUAACAUGUUCCAAUGUGCGUCUGGCACGUGCAUUUCUAAGAGCUGGGAGUGUGACGGUCAUGUGGACUGCGUUGACGGAUCUGACGAACAUAUUAAUUGCACUGUCAAGACUUGUACCAAUGGAAUGUAUAAGUGCAACAUCGGUUAUUGCAUUGAUGAAAAACUUGUAUGUGAUGGCCACAACGAUUGCGGUGAUAAAUCCGAUGAGCUAAAUUGUGUGCACGAUAAGGUGAAGAUUAUGUUCGCUGGUGAUAUUGAUGAGUUUGACGUAUCAAAACAACCAAAGCAGUUGGUGUUUAAAGAUGAAGAUUUCAACCGAUCAUUUCAAAUUGAUCUCGAGAAACAGGAGGUCUCCGAAAUCAUUGUACCAAAUAGCCCUACGACAAAAGUGACUGUCGAUUGGCUAACAGGAAAUGUCAACAUCUACAAUCGAUUGAAUAACUACAAAAUAAGGGUUGGAAUCAAAUUUUCGCAAACCCAAAACCUUCAAAAUCCAAAAUCUAUUAAAAAUAAACUUCAAAAAGAACUAAAUUCCAAACAACCAAAAUCAACAAAAAUCCACAUAAACAUGAAUACCAAAAAACAAAGAUCUCGAAAACCCCCAAUAUCAAUAAAUAGAAAUCCUGAAAUGGCUAAGAUCCACUUUCUGAUGGUGGUCUUGAUAAUUGCAUCAAUGUGUCAUCCUCAUCAAGUGGAAUCGAUCCAAUUCUGUGAGGAAGGUGAAUUUGAGUGCAAGGACGGAUCAUGUGUUCCAUCGGAUAAAGUUUGUGACUCCCACAGAGAUUGCACCGAUAACUCCGAUGAGAGAGAUUGUGAUUUUAAACUAUGUCGAAAACCGAAUUACUAUCAGUGUUCCGAUGAAAAAACAUGCAUACCCUCGUCAUACGUUUGCAACGGUGACGAAAAUUGUCCAGAUGGCGGAGAUGAGAGGGAAUGUGCUGGAGGCAGUUCGAGUUCGUCACUGAUGGCCAAUUGCACUGAUACGGAGUACACGUGCGAGGACAGAAGCUGUGUUCCGUUGCAUUUUAUGUGCGAUGGGAAGAAUGAUUGCCACGAUGGGUCGGACGAGAAAGCCGGUUGCUUAAGGGCAGAAAAUGAGUGUCCGGGUUAUUUUUGCCAUAAUCGAAAAUGCUUAGAGAGUCAUCUGUGGGUGUGCGAUGGAAUUGAUGAUUGUGGAGAUGGCAGUGAUGAAAAGGGAUGCGUAUGGAACUGCAAAUUGGAACACAAUCUGUUUCUCUGUCAUGACAAUGAUACCUGCAUUGAUUUGGAUAAGGUUUGCGAUGGAAAAUUCGACUGUCAUGAUCAAAGUGAUGAGAAUGGCAAAUGUAAAGAUGUCACUUCGAAUUGCGAAUCCAAACGGUGUCCUCAGGAGAGUACAUGCCAUUUGCUUCCAACUGGGCCAGAAUGCGUUUGUCCAAUGGGCUAUCAAUUUAACAGUGUCAGGAAUGUGUGUGAAGAUAUAAACGAAUGUGAAACAUAUGGAAUUUGUAGUCAAGGUUGCAUUAACAAGGAAGGUUCUUACAUGUGUUAUUGUGAAGACAAGUAUAAGCUCAAGUCAGAUAAUAAGACCUGCGUGGUAAAGAGCGGUGAGCCCUUGCUUUUGUAUACAACACAGAAAACCGUUGUAGGCAUGUAUUUGAGAACUCGUCAUCUCUAUACGGUGGCUAGUAACCUAAGUUUGGUAGUUGGAGUGGCGUACGAUGGACAAAAUGUCUACUGGACGAAUAUUCACCAUGAGUCCGAAAGCAUAGUUAAGGCCCGUGAAGAUGGUUCAAAGCAGGAAACUCUACUCACUUCGGGAUUGGACGCCCCUGAGGAUUUGGCUGUUGAUUGGUUAACUGGAAAUAUCUACUUCUCUGACAAUGUACUGCGGCACAUAGCUGUGUGCUCGAAUAAUGGCCACUAUUGUAUGCCGUUGGUUGUGAUCGACGUGCAUCAGCCACGUGGAAUCGCCUUGUGGCCCCAAAAAGGCCUCAUGUAUUGGACCGAUUGGGGAAUGAGACCAAUGAUUGCUAGGGCUUCUAUGGAUGGUUCAGAUCCUGUGGCUCUUGUCAAAUCGGACAUUCACUGGCCUAAUGGAGUCACUCUAGACAUCCCGAACGAACGGUUCUACUGGGUCGAUGCUAAGUUGAUGACCAUCGAGAGUGCUAAGAUGGACGGAUCAGACCGAAGAUUGGUGCUGUCGGAUAUUCUCAAACAUCCAUACGGUAUUGCUGUGUUUGAAGACAAUUUGUAUUGGUCCGAUUGGGGUACAAAGAGCGUCCACACCUGUCACAAGUUCACUGGCAAGGGCCAUGAAGUCUUAGCCAAGGAUCGCCGGAUUUAUGCAGUCCAUGUUUAUCAUUCUGCCAGCCAGCCGAAAGUUGACCAUCCAUGUAAGGAUAGCCGUUGCUCGCACUUGUGUCUUUUAGCAUCCAACAACACCGCGACCUGUGGCUGUCCUGAUGGAAUGUCUCUGGGAAUAGAUCGAACCCGUUGCACCAAAACAAUGAAAAAACAGAAAUUGUUUGUGGGUAUGAAGAACAUUAUUCUGGAAAUGGAACACACCACCUUCGGCAGGCACAAGAUUAUCGAGGAGUAUACGCUGCCCCUGUUUAUUCAUCAAAUGGCCUACAAUACAGUUAACGGUACUUUGCUCAUUGCUGACACAAUCCAAAAGAUAAUUGCUGAAUACGAUACAGUGUCUAAGGAAUUGAGAACACUAAUUCGUGGAAACAUGGGAAAUAUCACUGGAAUGGCUUUUGAUCAAUUGGCACAAAAUCUGUAUUGGACCGAUUCAGAAAGACACACCGUAGAAACUUAUUCAAUGAGAAUGAGACAACGAGCAAUUGUCCACUUUUUCUCCGGAGUUGAUGUUCCAAUUGGAAUUGGACUCUUGCCUGAUGAAGGGAAAAUGUUUAUCGCCUUAAAGUCAUCUACAAGCAUCCAUAUUGAUCUAAAAACUCUUGGUGGCCACGGUGAUCACACUCACGUGUUCGAGGAUAUUAUCGGGAUGGGUGCAAUUCAAAUAGUCCCUGACUAUGAAACUCACACUCUCUAUUGGGUCGACACUGAUGGCGGAAAAAUUGAGUUCUCAAUGCUCAAGGAAUUGCACAGUUUUCCGUUGCGAACUCGACUUGGUCAACCCAUUUCGAUGGCUUUGGUUGACGAUGACAUCUUUUGGACAACUUUCAGAUCAUCGAACCUCUAUUGGACGCACAAAAGUAACCUGGGAUCGGUGAAGAAGUUCCAGUUGGAGGUUUCGAGUAUGAAAAUGGUUGAUAAGAUUCAACUACUAUCGAGCCAGCAACAAACGAUCUUUGAUCAUCCCUGCUUACAUGACAAUGGCGGAUGUUCACACGUUUGUGUGUCAGCAGGAAGGAACGCACUGGAAUGUUUGUGCCCCUCGGGCUAUGUGUUCAAGGACUUGUUUAAUCAAACCUGCAUUGAAGCUCUAGACUGUGAGUUCCGUUGCAAGUCAGGCGAGUGUUUGACCAAUUCCAGACGAUGCAAUGGCCACAGAGAUUGUCCCGAUGGUUCAGAUGAGGAAUCCUGCGAUUUAAAGAAGAAGAAGGAGCAUGUUAUCUGCGCAUUCGAUGAGUUCAUGUGCCAUGACUCUCGGCAAUGUGUGCUAAAUGAGGUUCGAUGCAACAAGCACAGGGACUGUAAGGACGGCAGCGACGAAGAGCACUGUGAAGGCUUCGAUGAAGAAAAGAAAUGCCACGCCCAUCAAUUUGGCUGUAACAACGGUCGCUGUAUUGAUUUGAGUAGCAUCUGUGAUGGCUUCGAUGACUGUGGCGAUAGGUCGGAUGAAACUCAAUGUAAAAAAACAGAUGAUGAAGGAGCUAAACCAGCGUGUGGCAGUGACAUGUUCCAAUGUGCGUCUGGUACGUGCAUUUCUAAGAGCUGGGAGUGUGACGGUCGUGUGGACUGCGUUGAUGGAUCUGACGAACAUUUUAAGUGCACUGUGAAGACUUGUGCGAAGGGCAUGCACAAGUGCAACAUCGGCCAGUGUAUUGACGAGAAGCUGGUGUGUGAUGGCCACAACGAUUGCGGUGAUAACUCUGAUGAACUUAUUUGCGUGGACGAUAAGCCAAAGAUUGCUUGCGGAGGUGAUGAUGACGAUUUUGAUGGUCUGGGAAAAUCGAAGAAGUUCCAAUGCCCAUCGGAUCCAAUGAUUUGUUUGGACAUGAAGGCCAAAUGCAAUGGAAUCGCAGAGUGUCCGAGGGGUGAAGAUGAAGUCGGAUGCCAUGGAUGCAGUGUGAAUGAGUUCCAGUGCAAGUCAACCUUGGAAUGCAUUCGCAAUGAGUUCCAUUGCGAUGGCGACAAGGACUGUCGCGAUGGAAGCGAUGAGCUGAAUUGUGGUCGGUAUAAUUCAAGCACUCACUCGCAAUUUGUGAAGGCCUGCGAGGCAGGUAUGUUUGACUGCAAAGAUGGAACGUGCAUCGAUGAGUCACGCAUGUGCGAUGGCAAGGAUGACUGCGAGGAUGGCCAGGAUGAAACAAAUAUCUGCAAAACUGCCUGCGGGAAAGGAACGUGUGAUCAUAAAUGUCGCCCAACCCCAUUCGGUGCUAGAUGUAGCUGUUUCGAUGGCUAUAAGUUGGGUGCAGACCAAAAGAAAUGCGUUGACGUGAACGAGUGCGUUGAAGGUCCAAAUCCGUGUGCACAACUCUGUGAGAAUACAAAUGGAGGCUACCGUUGUACUUGCUACAGUGGGUUCAUGCUGACUCCCGACAAAGUGAGCUGCAAGUCCAUUGACAGCCGGCAUUCCCUAUACUUCACAACUCACAAUGAAAUUCGUAGCCUGAGCGAGUCCCCGAUAACUUUGAAGGUUGUGUGGUCGGUGAACGACACAAAGAUAUCUGGCCUUGAUGUCGAUAUUGAAAGGAAGAGGUUGUUCUACACCACCGAGGAUGGCAAUGGCUUGUUCCAAUUUGACAUCGAGAAGAAGGAGGUUUCUCAGGGCCUUGUUGUGGAGAGCCCCACGAAGGUAGCCGUUGAUUGGAUAACGGGGAACGUCUACGUGGUCAGUAGAAUGAAUACCUACAGAAUAAAGGUGUGCAACUUUGGACAGAAAGUAUGCGCUGAUAUUAUCAAACUCCCACCAACCGAGGUUGUCCGUUCAAUUGCUGUUGACGCCGUAGGUAGGAAACUAUUCUACGCCUCCGUUUUGGCACAGGGUUUUAGGGCUCCACAGACGCACAUUUGCAUCGCCGGACUGGAUGGAUCGAAGCAUGCAAUCAUAGCUACAAAGCAAGCCUUGGUAACGGCUCUUGAAGUUGACACUUACAAACAGGAGUUGUACUUUGUAGAUGCUCAUUCGAGGACUUUGCAGUCGUUGAGCUAUCGCCGAGGCAAUGAUCGAGCUAUCAAGACCGUUGUUCGCAAGGAAAAUGCAAUCAUCCAUCCAUCAGCCUUGAGUAUCCACGAAAAUAUCGCCUUCAUUGUGAACACUGGAGCCAAAGAAGCCGUCCGCUGUCGUCUCUAUGGCAAUGCAUCUUGCCAAGCCUUCUAUCUGAACGUGUUUAAUGCUGAGGACAUCGUUGUGGAUAGUUCGUCCCGUCAGAAAUUGGUAAAAAAUAUUUGUGAUCACAAAAGAUGCUCGGGACUUUGUGUCCAGGGUCCAUUCGGAUACGAAUGUAUGUGUCAAGAUGGCUCCAUUGUCGAUGAAUACUUCAAAUGCAGUAAAAUUAACUCCAACGAAAUCUCAUCGGGCCUGUUUUCUUCAGAAGAGGAUAAAGAAGCUUCUACGGCUUCUACGGCUGCUAUUGUUUGGUACACUUUGCUGGGAAUUCUUGUCAUUGCUGGCAUCGUCGCUGGGUACUUGUAUUAUGCAAAGAACAAUCAAGGACACCGCAAUUUCAAUAUCAACAUGCAUUUCCAGAAUCCAUUGUCACGUUUCCAAAACUCUGGAUCAACGCAAGGAGGAGGAACAACCGGCUAUAGCGCCGGGGAGGAAAAACUUCAAUUUAACCUACCUAUUCCGAGAUUAUUACGCAGCUCGAAAGGGUCCGAACUCGUCUUGGACACGAAAAGAGAGGCGGAAAACGUCAACUCGCCUAGGACUGCCGGAAGAUCAUCCACGAGUCUACUACUGGAAGAACCCGAUGUUGAUAACUCCGGAAGUUUGGCAAAUUUCGACGAUGAUCAACGAGCACGUUUAGUUCCGUAAAGAAAUAUUAUAAUUAUAGUUAAAUAUUUAUGUAGAUAUUAUUUAGCUGUUCGAUUUAAAUGUUUUCUUGAAAGGUAAAUGUUGAGAUUAAAUUUUGAAACUUUGGCUUUUCUAUUUGUCAAUAAAUUUGUAAAAUAAUUUGUGGUAAGAUUUUUGUGGUUAAAUGUUGAAAAGAUACAAUAAAUUUAGUUCUGUGAACGAUAAAAUAAAAGA